UAUUCGUCCUUCCUCUCUGUCCCUUCCCCUCCCCCACUUUCACCAGAGAAGUCAGACUCCGGGAGUGCUUUAACAGUUUGAAGCCUAAUCUGAAAGAGGAAGAAGAAUCUCUAUAUAUUGGUUAGCAAAUGUGCCCUGCCCUUCCCCUCUUAAAAAUAGCAGCACCUCAUCUUUGAAAAGAAGUUUGCCUAAAGAGCAGGCACUCUGUGAAUGGACUGUGCUUUUAUGACCUUACAAAGUAUCCAGAUUCUAUGCAGCUCACCAACGAGGAUUAGCUCUGCAAGGACUUCUAGACUGAAUUUACUGAAGACUUGGAGCAGGCUUCUGAGAGCAAACGCAAAAGGACAGUAAACUGUGGACCCUGAAGUUAGCAGCUUGGGCUUCCUCUGAUAUUACACCAUAAAAAGCGCUGAACACUGUAAGAAGGAACAUUUGUGAAGGUACUACAGUGCCAGAAAGAGGCAAAAAGCAGACAUUCCUAGAGAAACAUGGAUGGAACCGGAAACCUGACAGCAUCUUCUGCCACAUGCCAUGACACUAUUGAUGAAUUCCGCAAUCAAGUGUAUUCCACCUUGUACUCUAUGAUCUCUGUUGUAGGCUUCUUUGGCAAUGGCUUUGUGCUCUAUGUCCUCAUAAAAACCUAUCAUGAGAAGUCAGCCUUCCAAGUAUACAUGAUUAAUUUAGCAAUAGCAGAUCUACUCUGUGUGUGCACACUGCCUCUCCGUGUGGUCUAUUAUGUUCACAAAGGAAUUUGGUUCUUCGGUGACUUUUUGUGCCGCCUCAGCACCUAUGCUUUGUAUGUCAACCUCUAUUGUAGCAUCUUCUUUAUGACAGCCAUGAGCUUUUUCCGGUGCAUUGCAAUUGUUUUCCCAGUCAGGAACAUUCAUUUGGUUACACAGAAAAAAGCCAGGUUUGUGUGUGUUGGUAUUUGGAUUUUUGUGAUUUUGGCCAGUUCUCCAUUUUUAAUAACCAAGUCACACAAAGAUGAGAAAAAUAAUACCAAGUGCUUUGAGCCCCCACAAGACAAUCAAACUAAAAAUCAUGUUUUGAUCUUGCAUUAUGUGUCAUUGUUUCUUGGCUUUAUCAUCCCUUUUGUUAUUAUAAUUGUCUGUUACACAAUGAUCAUUUUGACCUUACUAAAAAAAUCAAUGAAGAAAAAUCUGUCAAGUCAUAAAAAGGCUAUAGGAAUGAUCAUGGUCGUGACAGCUGCCUUUUUAGUCAGUUUCAUGCCAUAUCAUAUUCAGCGUACCAUUCACCUUCAUUUUUUACACAAUGAAACUAAACCCUGUGAUUCUGUCCUUAGAAUGCAGAAGUCAGUUGUCAUAACCUUGUCUCUGGCUGCAUCAAAUUGUUGCUUUGAUCCGCUCCUAUAUUUCUUUUCUGGGGGUAACUUUAGGAGAAGACUGUCUACAUUUAGAAAGCAUUCCUUGUCCAGCAUGACUUUGCCCAGGAAGAAAGCCUCUUUGCCAGAAAAAGGAGAAGAAAUAUGUAAAGUAUAGUUUAAACCUAUUUCCAGUCCAAACCAAUGAGAACAGUUUCCCAAAUGAGUACUUUCUCAAAUCAUUUAAAUAAAAUACAAUUUUGUAUUAAUAUUUCAUGAAUACUUAACUAUAUAUGCCUACAAAUCUAUCUCAUUUAUGCAUUCACAUUACUAGAUAUUUGUAGAUAUUUUAAAUGCUAAAAAUUCAGACCAUGACUAAGAACUAAAUUAUAGAUAAUUUUGACCAUUCACCAGAAUUUGAAGAGUAUUUGUAUCUUUGCACUAUAAAAUAUGUCUCAUAUUAAGGUUUGUAUUUUCAAAUAAAAGCUUUACAAAGGAUAAAAUAUAUAAAAUUCGUUCAUGUAAAUUAUAUGUAAGCUAACAGUUAUAAAAUUUUUAAAAAGAUAUAAAAUUGCCAAUAGUUCUCAAUCAUUCUAACAUAUUCCUUUGCAUGCAUGCCAUCAGAUGAGAACAGGAGAUAAAUACAAAAUAAACUACAAAGGAUUUAUGAAGAAAAUUUUGAACGUUCAUGUUACAAAUUCUUUUAAGAAGUACAUACAUUUAUGUAUAUGUAUACAACUAUAUGUAAGAGACUUUACUCUGAUAUACAUUAUGGUUGAAAGUUCACUGUAAGUUUUAUUAUUAUUUAAUUACUUUUUGUUGGUAUGUUGAGAAGAAUAUCAUUGAUAUGUUUACAGUGAGUUUUAUAUUACAGUGGACACUUUGAUCUUAAAACAGACACAAUAACUCAUCUAGGCUCAAAUAUAAUAUUCAUGGACAAGCUUUUGCUGAAGUGUAGUGUGUACUUUAACUUUGUGUUUUAAAAGGUACAUUACUUCAGAGGAAAUAAAUGAUAACUAUAAAGAAAAA